UCACUGUCAAAAACCUACUUUCAUUUUUUCGGUAUCUAUUGAGUGAGAAAAAGUACAUCGUGUUCCCGCAGAUUUUUCGGGAAAAUUUUCAAGAAAAUUUCUUAAUUUUUUUUCAAUAUAUUAUCGUAAGCGGGAAAAUAACACCGUAGAAAGUUUUGCGUCAAAAGAACGUUUGUCGUCCGAGUCCGGUUUUGCGGUUGUAAUCUGUACGCGCCGUCGUCGACAUCGCCGUCAACGUCAUCCUCUAUACCAAAAAAGCAACGGACGAACGCACCCCCUACGCUGCGCAGCUCUACUCUUCUCUCGCUGUACGUUGUUAAUUUUUCGUGGUCCGUAAGCUUGGCCAGCUGGUGUCAUCAUGCCUGGAGCCGGCACUUUUAAAUUGUUCAUCGGUAAUUUAGAUGAGAAAACUCAGGCAACGGAAUUAAAGCCAUUGUUUGAGAAAUACGGUACCGUUGUUGAAUGUGAUGUCGUCAAGAACUAUGGUUUCGUUCACAUGGAGACUGAAGAACAAGGCCGCAAGGCCAUUGAGAAUUUGAACGGGUACAUGCUAAAUGGCAACGGUAUUAAAGUUGAAGCCGCCAAGAGUCGCCGUGCACCCAAUACACCCACAACGAAAAUCUUUGUGGGAAAUCUAACGGAUAAAACGCGGGCACCAGAAGUACGUGAACUAUUUAAGAAAUACGGCACCGUUGUUGAAUGCGAUAUCGUCCGAAAUUAUGGUUUUGUACAUUUGGAUUGCGUCGGUGAUGUGCAUGAUUGUAUCAAGGACUUGAAUGGUCGUGUUGUCGAUGGUCAACCGUUGAAAGUGCAAGUAUCCACCAGUCGUGUGCGGCCAAAACCCGGAAUGGGUGAUCCAGAGCAGUGUUAUCGUUGCGGCCGUCCGGGUCAUUGGUCUAAAGAAUGUCCGCGUUUGUACGGAGGCAAUGUCGGUGGGCGAGACUUGCCGGGCGGCUACAGAGAUCGUAUGUACGGACGUGAUCCCUACCCACCACCGCCGCCACCACCACCAUUCUUGCGUGAUCGCAUUAUGGAUGGCUUUAGGGACUAUGAUUACUAUGAUCGCCGUUUCGAAGAUUCACGCGAUUUGUUCGAGCGUCGUUAUCAGGGAUCGCGCAUGCGCGAUUUCCCACCACCACCACUAUCGCGUCGUGAUCCCAUGCCAUUGCCACCUACGUUGAGUGGAAGUCUGAGGGGUAGCAGCUUAUCCAGAGGCUAUGAUAGUAUGUUUAGCCGCAGAUCGCCACCACCACCAUCGCGUAGUUCCAAUGGCAUGGGUCGCUAUGGCGGUUAUGAAGAUUUUAGCCGUGACUCGUUUGAUGACCGCAUGAUGUCGUCGCGCGGUAUGCGGGGACCUUCACCACCCGGUCGCCGUUAUGCACCGUACUGAGAUGAACUGUAUUAUAGUAAUAGUUCCAAAACCUCUAGACAUGGCACUAAAGAGGAAAAAAUAUUUCAUAACAGAUUUUUUGUUAUCAACUUUUGAGAGGCGUAAAUAUUUGUUUAUUAUUUCCUUUUAUGUUAAGUUAAUUUUAUUCGGACAUUCAUUGCCCCAAAAAUUGUUUAGGCAAUUGCGGAUAGUCCAUAGAUUUAGUUAUUAUUAACUACUGUCUUAAGUUCAGGCAACUUUCAAUUGACACGUGCAUUUGCAGGCCGUCAUCAACUUAUCACACCAACUUAUUGAAGCAAACCAACAAUUUAAAGUUUCUUAUGAUUAAAAAAUUUUGAUUGCUGCUUUACUUUGGAUAUAGCAUUAUAAUACCACUAUAUAUGAUACUUUUGAUUUUAAUUUGUUUAUAUUGGAAAUACUAGUUGCCUGUCUUAGCUUCUCCGUACCGCCCUCAUUUCCCCAGCCCAAUCCAUUGUCUUUUGUCGUCCACCAUGGUUUUUUGUGUGAAGCCAUAAAGUUCAUAGUUCUUUAUGUACUUGUCCAAAAUGAUUUCUCAUCUAGUUGUAUACGCAUUAUAUAUAAAGAAACAUCUUGAUGAAAUAUCUUUAAAGAAAAACAAACAAAAAAUAAUCUUGAAGUAUAUCAUAUUUUUUUAAGACGUAUUUAGUUAAUUAUGUUUAGAUUUUACUCUUCAAUAUGUAUCUUUAUGCACUUGCCUUCCCCCAUGCAUAUAAAUCUAUCAUUGAUUCUGCUGCGCUUUGGUUUAAAGGUAGUAUUAGUUACAUACACACAUACAGAGAACAAUUGAUGAACAUUUCUAAGAUUUACACUAUGUAAAUACAUACUACAUACAAACGUGUAUACAUAAAAAUAUGAUGGAAAAAUAAAGCCAUAAAAUAAAACACAAAUAUUUUUGUGACAAAAAA